CGUGCUGAGGGAGUAGCACAGAGGCCCACACGGUGUCAAGCACGUUGCCAGUGGGCGCGGUUAGGGGGUGGUGGGAAAGCUGGCGUCCACUGGAGCCGUGUGCGUUCCGGUAUCCUGACCUACGUUCAGCCAGGUCACUUUGUUGAGUGACACCGUGGUGGCAUCUGAGAAGCUGUCGUCUGGCCUCUGCGGUGGGACGCGGCAGCGGUUUCAACGUCCUAAGAGAAGCUGAAAUCCAUCCUCUGUCACCAUUCUUCAAAAUGCAAUGGAAUGUACCAAGGACUGUAUUCCGACGGGCACAUAGGACAUGCAUGGAAGCACAUAAAACUGGUCUUUUUGGACACUGUCAAUAUAUAAAGGGAUCAUUACUUUUAUAUAGAGCUGAAUCCAGAGUAGUUUUGUUAGAGGGUCUUCAAAAACAAUGGCUGCACUUAUCUGCUGCCCAGUGCACUGCAAAGGGAAGGAAGCCACUCGAUGCUCAUUUACGCCAACUGGGGUUUACUCACCUUAAGCAGUGGGAGCAAGAUAUUUUCUCCAAGAGGGUUGUGUCAUCUAAUGCUACAUCUCCAGGAACUCCUUCAGAAAAAAAAGAAGAACCUGAUCCUUUACAAGACAAAUCUAUUAGUCUUUAUCAACGAUUUAAGAAAACAUUUAGACAAUAUGGAAAAGUUUUGAUUCCAGUACAUCUAAUAACUUCUAGUGUUUGGUUUGGAACAUUUUAUUAUGCAGCCAUAAAAGGAGUGAAUGUCGUUCCUUUUCUAGAACUUAUUGGAUUACCUGACAGUGUGGUAAACAUUCUGAAAAAUUCCCAGAGUGGAAAUGCACUAACAGCAUAUGCCUUGUUUAAGAUUGCAACACCUGCCCGAUAUACCGUGACUUUAGGGGGAACCUCCUUCACUGUGAAGUAUUUGCGUAGUCACGGCUACAUGUCAACACCACCUCCUGUUAAGGAGUAUCUACAGGACAGGAUGGAAGAGACAAAGGAACUUCUCACAGAAAAAAUGGAAGAAACAAAGGAUAGACUCACUGAAAAAUUACAAGAAACCAAAGAAAAAGUUUCUUUUAAAAAAAAAGUGGAAUAGGGUGCCUUACGUAACAAGUUAUAAACAAUUCCUGCACUUUAACCCUUUAGAAACAUGGGACAGGGAUACAACUUUCUGAUUAUAUUUUUGGUUAGUUGCUUAACUAUGUCAGCUAGUUCUCUGAGGGUUAUUAAGAACUAAGAUAACCUUUCUAAUGUUAAAUGUCACUAGAAAAAUCAGUGUUUUUUUGAAAAGAAAAAAUGAACCCAGUAUAAGAAUUUCACAUCAAUAGCAACAUUAAGCAGUGAUUAAUGUCUUAUAAGACAGAGUUCUUUUUCAGGGUCUUCAGAAUAAUACUUGCUUUAUGUUUUGUUGUAGCUAUAAUUGAGUUAGAUUAGGCAGUUAACUCCUUGAAUAACAAAUGUGGCUGUAUACAGAAAGUUAAUACUGGGUCUUCAUCUUUAUGUUAUUCAUUGAGGUUUUAACUAUAUUCCAUUCGUAAUGUGGAGACAAAUCAUUAUCAUCAAAACUGCUUGUGAAUAAGAAGAUAUUUAGUGUUUCUAUAAAAAUUGUAACAGUUACAUACCAGUUUAAAUACAGAAUUUAUUUGAAGAAAGUUGAAUAAAAAUUGAGGCAUACAUGUAAGUUAGAUACAUCAGUUAUAUGUAAAUGAAAAAAUUGACCAUUUAAAAAUGAUUUUUACCUGAAACUUGUCAUAAAUCAAAUUUUUUAAAGCAAAUAUAUAUGGUCAUAGUACCUUUCCACCUAGAAAAUAAAACUGCCAUGAAUUGUGUCCUCUCCAACUAAUUUUUUGGAGGAAAAGUGAAGAUAAUUAUACUUUAAGUUUAUUGCGGAAAUCACAUUAUCUUAAGCAGUGACUCAAGCUCGUGCUUCUCAAGCAAAUGCAGGUUUAGAAGGAUGGAAAAUGGUACCAGGUUGUCAUGGAGCUGGCUCACUCUCCCUGUCAUGUGGCAGGUCUGUGUCUCAGCAAGCUAGUGCUCUUUCUCAAUGUCUUCGUUCCAUAGUUAAUGUUGAUCACACUGUGAAAAAAAAUUUUUAAUUGUAGCUGCUUCUUUUUUCCUGUUAUUUAAUCUUUGCUUGAGCAUUUUACUUGAAAUUUUUAUAGGAAAUCUUAUCAUUAAAUUAUCUGCUUGGAAUGAAAUUCAGCCAUUGUCAGAUAUGAAAGUUGCCUUGGUUGUGUGAGUAUGUUUAAGGGUAUCUCUGUCUGUUUGCUUUUGCUUUAACUGAUUUUUACUUCCAUCCUAACCCUUGGAGGAACAUUUAGAAGAGGGAGUGGCCUUUUCCUAGACUGUCUCUUAGAGGAACUGCUUAAAACAAUCCUGCAGGAAUCACUGCUCUUUGGCAGGAUUUUUGUAUUUAAUAUUUAGUCUGGCCACAUUUUGAAAAUACUUCAAAGGGGAAAAAGUGCUUACAUAAUCUAAUCAUUAUCUUGGAACACUUCUUAAAUUAUGCCGUGGUUAGGAUUUUUCUUUUGUGGGUGGAGCAGAGCAGUAAGGGGAGGGGAUGGACCUGCUGCUGCACCACAGGCCCAGCUGAUCAGGACGAUGGUUUAUCUCCGGAUACAGAGUUGAACUUGGAAUUUCAAAUUGGCAGCACAUUUUCAAAUCUAAAUAAAAUUGACAUGUUUUAGUUUGUUUAUUAAAUCACAUUUUUUCAGAUAUCAAAUGCUAAGAUACUAACAAAUUUCUUGUUUAUUCUUAUUUUUUUAACCACUUGAGCUUAUUCUUCUCUUUUAAAAUCUCAUUAUAUGGAACUCUACUAAAACACUUUUCUUUCACUGUGUACAUUGUACAGGACAUAUUUUCUAGUGAGGAUAAAUCGUGGGUUCUUAGAAGUCACUAGUAAUCCUAAAACUACUAGGAUUCUUCUGAGUACCCACCUUUUGUUCAGUCCAUUUGAGUUUAGUUGCUAUCCAGUUUCAUAAUUGUGUUGUAUUUAUUCAGUAAUAGAAAGUGAGGUACUGAUGAGUGCUUUGAAAUUCUCUAGUAUAAAAAUUCUCUGAAGAUGUGAAGUUCUUUUGACAUUUGGCAUCAGAAAUAGUUGUGACAUGUCAAAUGCUAUUGCUUAUAUAUUGCUUAACCUAGUCCUUAAGGCAAGCUACAAAUAGCUUAAAGGGGGACACCUUUAAUAUGUUGUUUGAAGUUAAGUAAAUUGUUAAGCUAUAUAGAGAGUAAAUAGAUGUAGUUUGCAAUAUAUUAUAGUAAACCCCAUUUCAUUUACAGUCAUUAGCCUUUGCAUUAAUUGGGCCAUAACUUCUGUGAUCUCCAAGGGAAAGAAGUGCCCCAUCUGAUCAGCAUUUAAGUAAGAUGUGUUGACAAGAUAAAGAGGCUGUGACUGAAAUUUAACUUACAUAAAAUGGAUAAAAAGGGUUUGCUCAACAAAUUAACAAUUGAAAUGGAAAAGUCAGGUAAGAGACAUUGUUUAUUCAAGAAUGAUAACAAAGCCAACCUUUUAAAAGUACCAAAAAAUGUCUUUUACUGAAACCUUUUGCAUACAACAAGUGCUGUUUACGUAUUUCAACAAAGGAGAAAAAGAAUGCAUAUGUUGAGAUGACCUCCCUCCAAGUAGUGAAAAAAAUAAAAUUAUGUCUUGAAGUAUAA